AUGACGCGCGUGCCUUCGGAGAAAGAACUACUGGGGCCCGACGGCGAGCGGGCCAUCGGCGAGCGCGAAAGGACGGACCUGGCCAAGUUCGGGAGAGCCGCCCUCCCUGGGGCGGAAGCUGAGGUUCUCACGGCGACCCGCGGCCGCCGCCCCCUGAGGGGUCUGUCACGUGGGGAUGAGGCCCCUGCGACCUCGGACUAUCGGGAGUGGCACAUGCGUGUCCCGCCAAAGUUCCAGGAGAACCGGCGGGGGAACGUCCACAAUGACCAAGUUGCCCGCUCGUCUGUCCUGCCUGCAGCGCCUCGAACGCCGCGGGUGCUCGUGAAGGAUGCUGCGGGCCCGGGCCGUCUGUCGGUCCUGGAGAACGGGGUUUCGGCUCGGCCAAAGCCUCGGGGGCCUCAGGACAGGCCCGCGCCCCGUUCCUCCGGCUGCGUGAGGCGGGUGGCCGAGCGCUGGCUGUCAUCGUCACCGCGAGCCGUGGUGUUGGAGUCACUGCUGUCACACCGUGUUUCUGAGCGGCUUCCCCAGGCCAAGCCCUGUGCCGUGCGGCAACGGUCCCGAAGCGAGUGGCCCAGGGGGUGCCCUAGGGAGCCCCCAGCCCUGGGGAUGCAUUUACGAACAGCCUGUGCCCUGGGUUCCCUCAGCCUCAGUGCCGGAGCCCAAACCGCCCGCAGGGAGCAAAGCUCCGUGGGAGCCGUGACCCUCACCGUCCGUCUGUGUCCCCCACCCCGCCCGUGUCCACAACAGCCAUGGGCACAGGACGCAGCAGCUGGAUUGCGCUCCCCCCAGUGGCAGCAGAUUGAAGCCAUUUCUGUGCCUGCAGCGCCCGGUGCGGCCUGACCGAGAGGCCUCCGGUAACGUUUUCCCAGCUUCCCGCUAAGGAGCUGGCUCCUGGCUACGCCGGUGAGCCUCCUGUCGCCUGCUCCCAACAUUACAACGACACGAAUGACCCUCCUGAGUCGUGUCUGUGGUUUUGAAGAGCAAAGACAGGAGCCCUGGGGUCUUCCAGCCAAGUUUUAAAAAUUAA